GAAGCAACUGCCAAAUUGUUUAUGAUUUGAAAGAUAUGAAAAGACCCAACAUUUCUUUCUCCGACAGUCUUUUAUUCGACUUUUCGAUCAUACUUAAUGGACUCCAGACUCAAAGAGAAUGAAACGCAUGAUCGUUUCGGGAAAAAGUGAAAGAGAGAAAUGGAUUGCCGUUUAUGCGUUUUCCUUGUUUGGUUUGUUUUGACGAAUGAAGUCAGCUGUUUGCUACCAGGGAAAAUGAUCCAUUUGUUUAGAAGCCAAACUAGUACAAAGCGAAGAAAUUGUUCAAUUCAUCGAUCAGCCAUAGUCAGAGAAAUAUUGACCAAGGACUUUUUUCCAAUAUUUGACAAGUAUGGAGUUGAGGUACCAAAGAAAUGCAAGCUGAAUAAAGACAGAGAUAUUUUCAAAUGGAUAGAACAAAAUAAGACAUAUGUUGAUGGCCUCUCUCUUCAAUGUGAACUGUGUGGAAAACAAUUUUACCAACAAUUUAGUCUAUAUGAGCACGCAAAAAGGAAACAUUCAGAUGUGUUCUUCAAUGCACCAAACGCUGUAUGUCUUGCUGAUUUUUGUGACAUAUUCAAAUGUGAUCUGCAUGAAAAAUAUCCACAUAACAUUCCAGAUGCAUUGGAUUGUAAUAAAAAACAUGUUGAUAAUCUCAGAAGACAGUGUGAGGCCAUCAUGCGAUCCUGUCUACCAGAAAAACUGUUCUUUUAUGUUUAUGAUAAACUUUAUAUGGCAAUAUGCUCAACUUUAACAUGUGAAAAGUUUUUGCAUCCAUUCAAAGAUUCUGUGUCUGUAUUCACAGUUGUCACUUUGUCAAUAACAGUUCCGAUAUCCGUCUUCAUAUUAGCCCAUAUUUGCCUGUACCUCAUUGACAACAUGGAAAGUGUUGAUGAAGAUAAAAAGUUUAUGCAAACACAAAGAGCUAGAUAUGAGGCAAGAAAUGCUGAAUUAAAUGCAAGAUUUUAUUCAAGAAGAACCAAUGGAAUGGAACCAAGGCAUCGCAAAACAAACAGAUACAUGCGAUUAAAUCGUUAAGCUAGACUGUAAAUAGAUUUAAUAAGUAAGCUAAAUCGAAAGCAUCACAACAAUCUGUGUUUGAUUGCUAGUGUGGUGCUCAAGCAGCAAGGUUUGUUUAUGGCCAGGUUGUUUUGAAGUAAUAUUUAGGCUGUUAUAGCACUGUACCGUUACUAUAUAAGCAUGCCUUCAAAGACAGUGGUAAGAAAGUGGCUAAAUAUUCGCAUGAUGCUUAAUUCCAUAGCAAAUUAUGCCAUCCCCCUGUUGUCAAAUCCAGGUCCAAAAGACAGAAUGCUGUUGAAAGUUGUUAUAUAAGCUUAUUAAGAGGUUUAACAAAUAAACUCAUGGCAGUUCAGUUCUGGUUUAUUUGCUGCAUAUUUGCUGCCACUUGCUGCAUUCCAGUGCCACCCCAUCUCAGGUAAGCUCUUUAAAGACGGAGGUUGAAUAGUUCAAUACAAAUUCAAUACAACCCCAGUGUGCUCUGACUUGAGCAUUGAAUUGCCUUUGACAUACCUCUUUAAAGGUACAAGGCCCCACUAAUUUUGGGUUAUGUUUCAAGAUUCAAUGUUUUUUCUCAAGUAAUCUUUACAGUUUUUAAUUACUUAGUAUUUAUCUUCAGUUAGCAAUGGAGUUUUUGAAUAUUAUUUUGUAACUUAAAAUACAUUUUAGUCUUACACAUUUUAGCUAAUAUGUGAUUAUGUUAUUAAUGUUAAUUUUCCAUUUCAUUCAUACUUAUUAUCAGCAAAAUUUACCUCUUUAGCAAAUGUAUAAUGACGUAAUUAUGACAUUUUUGCACAAAUAAUUGAAACAUUAUGCAUUAUAA